AUGUCCUUUCAAAGCCAGCGAUGGAUCGUUAUUUUCGUGAUAGAUUCAACCCAUGCUUCGGUCUAUAUAAGCAGUCAGCUAACCUCAGUCUCAUUCAAAUUAACUAUCAUGGCUCUCAACGACAAGAAUCUUCAAACAGCGCAGGGCGUCGGUGUCUAUCCUGGCAUGGCCAACCCGACUUCGUCCUCUAAUCCUACCGACCCCCUCGAGAAUAAUUUUGUAACAGACCCAACCACAUCUGACCGGGGUGCUGGUGCUGGGCCCAAUUUUGAAGGCGACAAACAGGCCCGUAGAAUAUUAAAAGAUUCAACUGGUUACGCCGACAAGAUACUGGAGACUACUGCUGUUCACCCGCUUCGCCCAGACUCAAAUGAUGAUGAUGGUUGGGCCCAUGCGACAGCGAAGCCAACGGGCAGAAUGCCAACUACCACGCAAGAUGCGCCAGGAAUCGCUGAACGAGCUGGCAAUGUCGCUGUUGGCGGUGCUAAACUAGCUUACGGGCAUCUGACUGGUGACGAACUAAUGAAAGAACAAGGUCAGAAGGCGGUCUUUGGCACUCAGGACACAAAGUAA